GAGAAGAAUACUUUAUCAAGCUUGCCCAGUGCGACAAAUCGGUACCGAACAACUACAUAAAGAAGACCCUUCCAGUUACAUCUGAGAAACUCACCCGAGCUAUGGCUGUCGGAGGCACGACCACGAUGAUACAAGCUCAUGGUCAUCGCAUCAUCGUCAAAACUCCCCUGUCACCGCCCGAGGCCUCCACCGCCAACGACGAUGAACUGCCACCUACAGCAUCACAAUCGGACGUGUCGUUACACGUUCACAGCGUUCAACUCCUCAAUCCGGAAAGCAUAACGUCCGAAUUCGACAAACUGCGUUUCGAAGCCGCAGCACAUGACCAACUCGUCUUCCACAACCCACAGCUCUACCAAACUGCAGAUGAUACUUCCAAACGUUCGACCCCAAAUCAAGACCCCGAAACACUCUCCACACUCCUGAUUUCCUCCCCAUACAAUAUCCCCAACCACUAUCUCGACCUCUCCUCCCCUCACCUAACCAUACCCUCCCGUCUUCUCGCACUAGCCCUGACAGCGCUCAAACCGGCUACCCCAACCUACGCAACUGCGCCGUACCCUCUCGCCCUGAAUUUCUCUGUCGUACUAGCCCUUCUGCGUACCCUCAUUGCGCAGGAAAAGUACGAAUGGAAAGAAACGUCAUUCUACGUCGUUGUCUUCCGUUCGCAGCUCAAAGAGGACAUUGAUCAAGAAUGGCUGUACCGACUUGAUGAGGAGAGUCAUCGUGAGGCGUGUGAGAGUGGAGGGCUAUUGAAGUAUUGGUUCGGGAAAGGGGACGAGGAGAGGAGGAAUCUGGCUACUUGCUUCUGGCAUAGUAGGGAAGACGCGUACAAAGGCGGUCUCGGUCCCUGGCAUAAGAAGGCAAGAGCCGCAGGACGGGAGUUGUAUGAGAGUAUCGUGUUUAGUACCUACCAGCUUAUCAUCAAGGAUGGGGCAGAGGAAUAUGGGUUUGAGGACUAUAAAGGCUGA